AUGCCUAGGAUUGUGCUCACGGAGGAGGAAGGCAACAAGGCAUUAGAUGCCGCUGGCACCGACCUCAAGUACUUGUUUUCGAGACAUGAGGUGAGCGUCGACAAUCAGAAACUAUUCUAUCAUCAUGGAGCGACAACAUUGGAGAAGCUGUCGAACUUUGCAAAGGACAGGGAAGAUCUUACAGCUGUUCUCAAGCAACGCUGGGAGUUGGAUUCGGAGAGGACAUUGGACGAGAGAGUCCAGAUUGCAGCAAUAGUGUGUGCUUUUGGCAAUGCAAAGACCCGAAGCCAGAGAGCAGCAGAGGUUGAUGCGGAGUACGAUUCUCUGCAGUGGUCACGUCCAGUGGUGGCAGGAGAAUGGGCGGCAAUGAGGUCGGCCUUAGAGAAGCGCUACGGCUACCUCGAAGACAAGAUUUACCCUGCGAAAGAAUAUGUUGAGAAGAAAUUAGCAGAGGUCGAAAGCGGUGAAUACCGUGCUGAGGAGCUCACUGAGAUUGUGUCGAAGGAGGAAAGCGAGCCGGAGACUGUGGUGCCUAUUUGGGACUCUAAGGGCCGUCUGGCCAUGAAGAAAGGCUCGACGAAAGUCCAAGAACCGGCGAACGCCGAAGAACUUCGGAAAAGAUUGACAGUAUGGAAGAACGCCAUGGUCAUGAUCUCACUGGAGCAUUCCAAUCGGCACGAACUUCAGGGCGCAUGGGAGGAAACAGUUGAGCAGUACAAAGACUACCUCUUGGGCGACUAUGUCUAUGGGCUCAGUGCAAAGGAUGCAGAAGGUCAGACAUUCGCAGCACCGCCUUGGAAGUUGGUCAUUGCCUAUGAGAAGGCUAUUCGGAAGCAAGCAGUGAAGAUCACGAACACGGAGGGUAAGCCUCUCACUGUGGCUUUGAAGACGGCCUGGAAGGAUGCAACAGUCAAGGAGCGCAACUUUACUACGUGGACGGCGGAAGCCUUACUCACCUCCUUUGUCAAAGAGUGGUCAGGGGGGGGUGAGGCACUUUUGGAUGGCAACGGCAGCAGGAAGAGAAGGGCAGAAGAGGAUCUUGGCCCCCCGAAGAAGGUGCGAAGAGAAGAGGUUGAGGUUGACCCCAUGAACCCUCCUUUUGCUGGGGGAGACGGACCACCGCGGGCAUGCAGAUGGAAAGGGCUGGAUACCCCCUUUCAUGAUGGCGGAGGGCUGGCGUCACCUGGAAGGUGGCAUCCGAGCAAGAGGAGGAGGCCGGAGGGUGAAGAGUGGUCUUCGUUGGGGCAUGGCAUCCUGCUGGAAGCUGUCAGGGUGCUAGGAAGUGUCAACGAAGUGGAAAAGGAGGCAUUUAGGAUGGCAAGAGGAGGCGACAGCUUUCGGCUUGUGAGAGAUGAGGCAUUCCUGGCGAGGGUCAGGGGUGCGUUGGCUACUAGACUGAAUCUGGUGGUGCAGCUUGAGCCGGAGCCGGGGCAGCCCUUCUUCCUGGACCUCCUGAAGGGGGUGUUGCAACGUGCGGGUGACCCAGACUAUGACUUCCUUGAGCAGGCGAAGACGGGGCUGCCAUUGGGGGUUUUGAACAAGUUGCCUCGCACACCAGAGAUUUUUGAGGAACAGCAGAAGUGGAACCUGGAGGGGGAAGACUGGGGCCUGGCAGUCUGGCAGAAGAGCAAUUACAUCUCGGCGGAAGAGCAUGAGAGAUUUUUGGUGGAGCAUCUUGAACAGGAGGUUGCAGAGGGUCUCAUGGUCAAGAUGUCGGAGGAGGACUUCAUACGAAAGUUCGGAGAUAACCGGGCUGUAGCGGCCCUAGCGGUCUUGGUGGAGGAUGAGAUCACAGGGAAGAGAAGGGUCAUUCACGAUGGGACCCAUGGAGUUAUGGUGAACCACAAGAUUAGACGUCAGGACAAGGUCCGCAUGCCUGGGCCGAGAGAGAAGAGGGCUCUUCUGGAAGGUUAUGAGGAGGAGCGUGCAGUGGUGCUGUCGCUGGUAGGGGACUUCGCGAAGGCUCAUAGGCGCUUCAAGUACAUGGAAGAGGAGCAGGGCUUCUUGGCGUGCAAGGCCUCCACACAUUCCAAGGUUGUGUAUGUGAACCAGGUUGGCACCUUUGGGAUUGCUUCGACCCCGUACUGGUGGGCUCGGUUGAGCGCAGCCUUGAUGAGGGCUGUGUACUGGAUCCUGGGGGAGGCUUUCCCGAAUGACAUGUUGCUCUAUGCGGACGACUUGGAGGUGUUGGCAGUUGGGCGAGUUGGGAGGAUUGGUGGUGUCCUUGCAUACGCCACGAUGGCGGCUUUUGGGGCGCCCUUCAAGUGGGCAAAACAGAGAGGGGGCCUGGUCACAGAGUGGAUUGGGCUGACAACAGAUUAUAGUGCCUAUGCCAUGGGGCUUUCACAGAGGCGCACAGAGUGGCUAGUUGGCUGGAUUGCCUCCCUUCGUGAGAGAAAGGAGGUCUCCAGCCGGGAGUUCUCAGCCGGGCUAGGACGGCUGGGUUUUUCGGCAUUGGCACUCCCCUGGGAGAAACCGCUGCUGGGCCCCUUGUACGCCUGGGCGGCAGCAAUCCAAUCGAACAGGGGGACUAUGACGAUACCUUGGGCAAUACAGUUCAUUCUGGAUUGGAUCUCACAAAGGUUGCAGUCAGGUGGACGGUUGGAGGAGGUUCGAAAGCCCAAGGAGACAGGAAGAGCUCCUGUGAGGAUAUGGACAGACGCCAAGGCGACCGAGCAAGAGGCGUGGAUAGGAGGAUGGCUGGAGGAGAGUUCUUGUAGCAGAGAGUGCAGGUGGUUCUCCCUGAAGGUCACUGAGGUCAGCGCACCCUGGCUGUAUUACCGGGGGCGGAAUCCAAAACGUGUCAUAGCUGCACUGGAACUUCUAGCCACGUUGGUUGCGUUGAAGCUUUGGUUGAGAGAGGCCGGAGAUUCUGCAGAAGUCCUUGCCGAAGCCUUCACUGACAAUCGGGGGAAUUCUUUUAUUCUCAAGAAAGGAUUGUCAACCAAAUAUCCCAUCACUUUGUUGGUGAUAGAGGUUGCAGAGACAUUGAGGAGGUUGGACGCAUAUGCAUCAUUGACCUGGGUGCGCAGAGACGGCAAUGUUCUGGCUGAUGCCCUGACCAAUGAGGAUUACAGUGCAUUCGAUCCAAGUCGGAGAGAAACUGUCGUAGAAGGAGAGCUUCGAUGGUAUGUGAUGGGAAGCCUCAUUCAGAGGAGGGAACAGCUUUUCGACGAGAUCAAGAGGCACAAGGAGAUGAAGAGAGAGGCCAAGACAGCAACCGGGCAGUCCAAAAGGAAGGCGAAGAAAUUCUUCGACAAGUGGAAAUCCUGA